AUGUUGGCACAUGCAUGGGAACAAUUAAGCCCUGUCGUCGUGGAAAAAUGCUGGCAUCCGCUUUUAAAAGAUGAUGUUUUUAAUGAAGAAGGAGCAAACUGUAGCGAAGAUGACGACAUUCCCUUGAGUGUCUUACGUUCAAAUACAAUUCAGCAACAAUCAACAGAGUAUGCGGAAAUAAAUAAUUUGCUGGAGAGCAUAGUUCCAGAAGUUACGUUUAAUACAGCAGAUUUGGUUGCUUGGGUUUCAACGGAUGACCCUAUUGAAGACUGGAAUAUAGUGGAUGACGUUGCUGUUUUAAGUUCAGAAGAAGACGAAGAACCAAAUGAAAAAUGCAAUAUAACCGCUUCAGAAGCCGUUUCAGUCUUUGACAAGGCUAUAGAGUGGGCCGAAGAAUACACUAAUUCUCUUCCUAAAAUAAUGGUUCUUAAAAAUUUUAGGGAGGAGGCUGUGAAGCAAUGCCUUAAAGCGAAAAAAAAGCAAACAAAAAUUGUUAAUUUUUUUCAGCAGAAUAAAGUUUUGCUUUCUUAUUUUGUGAAUGUACAAAGAUGAUCUC